AUGGAUAUAUAUACGACUACAACAACAAGAUUGAAAGAUGGAAGAUAUCAAGUUCGACUACCCUUCAAAAACAACAUCAACGAGAUGGGAGAUUCAAAACGAAAAGCAACAGCGCAGUUCCUACAACUAGAAAAGAAAUUUUAUAAUAAUACUCAAAUCGCCAGCAAAUACAAGUCAUUCAUGGACGAAUACCAAGAACUAGGUCACAUGAAACUUGCAUCGGACAAAUCAACACAAGAGUAUUUUUUACCACACCAUUGCAUUAUUCGUGACUCAACAACUACGUCACUUCGUGUGGUAUUUAAUGCAUCUCAAGCUACUACAAAUGGAAAAAGCCUAAAUGAUUACAUGCAUAAAGGCCCUAAUCUUCAAAACGACCUAUUUGAACUUAUCUUAAAGUGGCGACAAUACCCGAUUGCUCUUACUGCCGACAUUGAGAAAAUGUUUCGACAGAUUAUGGUUCACCCUGAAGACCUCAAAUACCAAAAAAUUCUCUGGCGAGACUCUCCACGUGACGUACUACGCGAAUACGAGCUGUGUACAGUGACGUACGGCACCAAGGCCGCGCCGUUCCUCGCGAUGAUGACGUUACGACAGUUGGCUGCGGACGAACGGGACACACACCAAGAAGCGGCUCAUGUAAUAGAAACAAGCUUUUACAUGGACGACUUAAUUCACGGGGCCCAUUCAAUAGAAUCAGCGUUACAAUUAAAACAAGAUUUGAAACAACUUCUUCUACGAGGAGGCUUCAACUUAAGAAAAUAG